CGCUCCCGGGUGGGGUUGAAAUGAUUGACAAUAUGGCUCUUUAGCGGGAAGAUGGAUGUCAGCUGUGAAUUACCAAAAAACAGCCAUAAAUUUACUGGUACAGACGAAAAAACGAUUAAAUCCCAUCGUAAGGGAGUCUCCUGUGUUAAAUUUAGCCCAAACGGGCAAUUUAUAGCUUCCUCUUCAGCCGACAAACUGAUCAAAAUAUGGAACUCGGCUGGAAAAUUAGAAGGGACUUUGAAAGGACAUAAGCUUGAAGUUUCUGAAGUUUCUUGGAAUUCUGCGAGUCAGUUUCUUGUUUCGGCAUCAGACGACACCAGCGUAAGGAUAUGGGAUCUUGCCAGCAUGACUUGUGUUAAGAUUCUUCUUGGUCAUCAAGAUUAUGCCUUCUGUUGCUGUUUUAACUUGAAAACAACUCUGGUUGUGUCGGGUUCAUUUGAUGAAAGCAUCAAGAUCUGAGACGUGUCUGAAG